AUGUCAUCGGAAGCUCCAAAUUUUUCCACAAAUCAGAAGGUGAUGGCAACAGAGGAAGAUGUUGACUUGUCAACUUUGAAGUCCCAACUAAGCCAAACACAUAUGAUGUGGAAGCAGGAGAUGGAGCGAAGCCAGUCUCAAGUGGAUAUCUUGCAAGCAAAACUUAUGGAGGUAAAAGAUUGUAUGGGGUCAGAGGAAGAUGCCAAAAAGGAGUUAGAGGUUCUUUGGCGAAGAGUCAAAACUACAGCAACAUUAUUGGCGUACUUGAAAUCAAAAGCAAGACUCAUGGCUGUUCCUCAUUUGGCCCAUACCUCAUGUAGCAUUAGACAAUUAGAUGGAGUGGGACUUGUUGACAAACAUGGAACUCCUUUGUCUGGUUGGUCCAGGAAUGUAGAUCUUUCUUCCUUUGAGGGUCCAGAUGAGGAAACAUGGAUUGGAAUAAAUAGUCAGCAUGGUUCUCUUGAUGAACAAGAUGUGGCUUAUAUCAGUGAAAUUCUCAAGAGUGUACACAUGGUUGCAGAUGUAAUGGAAAAUCUUGUCAAAAGAAUUAUUAUGGCAGAAUCUAAAAUUGCCAUUGAGAAAGAGAAGGUAACAUUAGGACAGGAAGAGAUUAAAAGGAAGGCACUUCAUAUUGAAAACAUGUCGGUAAAACUAGAGGAGAUGGAAAAAUUUGCACUGGGUACAAAUUCUGUUUUAAAUGAAAUGCGACAGAGGGUUGAAGAUUUGGUUGAAGAAACAUCUAGACAGAGGCAAAGAGCUGCAGAAAAUGAACAGGAGCUUUGUCGUGUCAAGCGAGACUUCGAAUCUCUAAAAUCUUAUGUCAGCAGUCUUAUCAGUGUGAGAGAAACACUUCUUUCAUCGGAAAAGCAGUUUCAAAAUAUUGAGAGGCUUUUUGAACGGUCAGUUUAUUUUUGUUUUGCUUUUUUGUGACUGAAAAUAAAAAUUCUAAAAACUAACAGUUGGCAAUUGCUUUAUUAUUAUUAUUUUUUUGUUCGUUCCAAAAUUUUCUGCUAGCAAUAGGUUCUGCAUAUGUGUGCUUCAUAACUAGAUCUAUUCCUCUGCUUUUUACUUCUUUUCAUCUAGUAUUUCCUUUCCUUUUUUUGGGGGGUGGGGGGUAAGUUCAUUUAGUUUGUCGUGGGAUUAGUAAUUUGCUAUAUUUUGCGUAAUGAAGAUGUAUGUUUGCUGAUGAGAGGCACUUCAUGGUGGGCAAUUAAAAUUAUUGGAGCCCUACUUGUGAGGCUCAGAAUGAGCCCAGCUCAAGAGUAGAUAUUAGGCCUAGUGGCCUUACAAGUCAAGCUUGAACACGGCUGCUCUUGACCCUAAUAGGUGUGUAAUACUUGAGUUAGGUGUCAUGCAGUCAUAAUAACAUAAUAGUGUGGUCAUUUUUUUUUUAAUUAGAAUAAUGCUGUGUUCCUUUUUUUUUUUGGAUAGGGAUAAUACCGUGGUCAACUUUUCUAGUAACUUUAUAAGCACUGUACCCCGUUUGGUUCUGCUGUUUGGGGCCUCACCUAUAAGCUUUUAUGUUGCUUGACACCAGGUGACUGAUCUAAUGAGCUGCCAUUUGGGCUACCCUGCAAUUUCAAAGGUGGAUAUAUUGGGUUAUAGCAGCAUACUAGUCCAUCCUAAUUGUAUGUUGUUGUUGGGUUUUUAAACUUGAACAGGAUCUGCUUAAGCAGAACAGGAGUUGGAAUAACUAAUCUUCCUUUCUUGAUCAGUACAAUAACUUACCACUAUUACUCAAGUCAAUACUGCAACAUAAAGGCAGAGACCUGAUCACUUGCCAAUGGUUAUGAUUAGCUGAUUACCUUUGCCCUCUUAGAGUGGCAUCCGUUUCAGGCUACCUAACUCA